AUGGUCGAAAUUCUUUUCCUUGGCCCAAAGUCUUCGGGAAAAUCAUUACUAAUUAAGAGAAUGCAAGCUCUUUCUGAAGACAAACGUAUUUCUCCAUUCGAUCAGAUCGCUCUUCCAAAACCAACAGAAGGAACCAACGCAAUUAACUUCAACUUCCGUGGAACGACAUUUGUUUUCAAAGAGCUUGGUGGAGAUCAGAUAGAAGAUUGGGAGCACCAUGCUAAAACGCCUAAAGCAAUCAUUUACGUGUUUGAUGCUGCAGAUUUAACAAUGACGGCAACAAAUAUCGUCUUUCUUCAAGAAUUACUAUCGUCUAAAGUUACUGAAGAUAAGCCCAUCUUAAUAGCGCUUUCAAAGUGUGAUAUACCGGAUUUCGUUCAUUUCAACGUUAUUGAUGAAAUUAUUGGCUUUGAUGCUUUCGACAAGAAGCGUAUAUCAUUCAUGGAAACGUCUGCUGUUGUUGGCGUUGGAUUGGAUACUAUUUUCGAAUGGAUUGCAGAUCAGAUGAAAUAA